GUUCUUCUCAAAUAAUUUGAACAAAGUACAAAAACCAACUCGGCCCUACGACUCGUUUGACGUCCAUUGACUAAUUUGCGCGAAUAAUGCUCUUAACAUGUGAUAAACAGGUUCAUAUUUCUCUACGCGUCGUCUACGCCGUUAGGGACUGACCGUCACCAACGCGCACCACAGGGUAUCCAGGCAGACAUAGAGACUGCCACGUUGAGCUGAGGACGUCUGUCGCGCUAAACACAUAAAUACGACGAUCGGUGUGAAUGAUCGUUGCUGCAGUGAGGCAGACUUCUCCUCUACUCCCUUUGCCUUGUAUUUCCCAAGCCUCAUUCACGUCGUCCGCUCCCGAUGCCUUCGUUUCGAGAUUUGUGCUCGCGACCGCUGCGCUCCCGUUCAGACAAGCACAACAGCACGGUUGCGCCCAGGACCGAAGACGACGCGGAGAAGACGAUCGUUGACAGACAUGGACUGCCAGACAUUCCCAGGAACUUUGUGGCACAUCUCAACAGAAACACGGACACAGUGACGCAAGAGGUAUUGGAGCCCUUCUUGCAAUAUGAAUUGACCCUACGCAAAGCCUUUGCGCAGCGCGACGGAUCAAUCGACGACAUGGCGAACCUGGUUCACAUAUAUGACCCCAGCACUACUCUGCCAAAGUUUCGAAACAUUGAUAGGGAACAAUGUGACCCUGAAAAGUAUCUGAUGCGGUUGUCGAGCGAUUCGCCCGGGACAGACAGGUCCUGUGCCGUUGCGGAUUCAUUCGAGGCGUACCAACGCAAUUUCGAUGCCUUCACUCACUCGACCCUCUCUGGCAUAGACUGGAGCAACGUCGUCGCGGCUGGCUCGUCCGCUAUGCUCCCGUUGCUUCCUCACCGAACGGACGUCAAGAUUCCCAACGAUCCAGCGGUUGAGGACCCCUUGGAGACAUAUUACCAACGCACGGCCUCGUCAAGUGACAUUGACCUCUUUCUCUACGGCCUCACUGAGGAAGCCGCUCUGGCCAAAAUAUCCCAGCUCGAAGCGGCUAUACGAAGGAAUCAGCGCUUGUCCCAUGGCUGUGGUUUAACGAUCCGGACAGCCAACGCGGUUACCUUUGUUUCCCCGAGGUGGCCAUUUCGACACGUCCAGGUCAUUCUUCGACUUUACAGGUCCAUCAGCGAGAUUCUGACAGGGUUCGACGUUGACUGCGCCUGCGUCGCCUUUGAUGGGAAACAGGUCUACUCCAACCCCCGUGGUGUGGCUGCACUCACAACAAGGACAAACUUGAUCGACCUCUCCCGCCGGAGUCCCUCAUAUGAGAACCGACUGUACAAGUACAGAAGUCACCAGUUCGACGCGUACUGGCCCGCUCUCGACCGCAGCCAGAUCGACGAGUCGCAAUGUGUCCGAACGACAGAGCACCCCAAAGUCGAGGGCCUUGCGCGCCUUUUGUUCUUUGAGAAUCUUGUGAAGAAAUACAAGAAUUCGUACCAUCAGAGGCGACGGCUCCAGACGAUUGAUGAGAACGGUCUGCCGACACACAGCGGAUACGCCAUGCUGGAGAUCCCCUACGGUGAGAGGUUCACAGCGAACAAAGUGAGAAAGUUUGUUGCGUUCCACUCAAAGGAACCGUACAUCUUUGGCUCAGUCGACAAAGUGCUCCAGGGGAAGACGCCAGAGAGCAGCAAGAAGAAUGUUGCGGAACUUGGGUCCAAGGUCGUCUUUCUAACUGACGACCCCGGAAGACAGAUGAUUGGGAGCUUCAACCCUAUCACAGAGGAUGACUGGACGGAUAUGGCGUAUGGGAAACGUUCGACUCGUUGACUGCACACCUGUACUUGGUAAACUACAGGAUCUCUCAGAGCGCGGUCUUGGGCUUGUCGAGGGUGAAUCGGUUCAGUGCGCGACACUUUGGUGAUGUCCUGUAGCCACAGUCGUUCGUCAGUCGUGUCCAGGCUGCAGAAGAGAGACAGGACAUGGGGAAUAGAAGG